AUGGCGGACUCCGCCAAAACCAAGAAGAAAACUGUCUCAAGCCGUUCUACCGGAAAGUCACCCUCUACUAGUCAAUCCAAGCGUGAUAAUUCCUCUGCUACGACCGGGUCCAAUCUCCCGGGUUCGACAGUUGGAAUUUCUCCGGGGACGAAUACUUCUCCAACGAGAGUUACGGCCACUCCCCGACAAAUCCCGCAUUCUUACGGCAGCCUACAGGAGCACAUGGCUUCGGAACAACAGGUCGACUCGCAUGUGCAGGCGGGACGGCGGGACUUGGCGUUCGAAACCCAGCGGUCCCUCGGUAAUUCGACCAGCCCCGCCAGGUCACAGAGGCUUGGGGCACCACCACCACCAUCAUCUUCAUUCAGCCGUACUACGGGCCGGACAGUGGAUGAAGAUAGUCUCUCCAAUGCCCAGCGGGCUAAUCUUACGAUGACGGAAGUGGUCAGCCCAGCAAGAAGAAUCAACGCCCGUUUUCUACCGACAAGGGCUCCAACCAGUCCAAGUUUCAGGGGCAUCAGGCUUCUUCGUCUUCUGCCAGCUACACCAGGAGACAGCCCCCCAGAUAUUCGCGUCCCUUCAAGUCCCGGGGGUCGCGAGGUAACAAGGGCCUAUGACAACAACACAGUUUUCAUCCCUCCAGCUUCGGGUCCAGUAGGUGGUCGUCUUGGGGAGUUCAGUCAGAGAUGGUCUCACGUAACCUCAGAUACUUGGGUUCUUCAAACGAUCUCGACAGGGUACCGUCUGGAAUUCACCAGCAACCCUCCUCUACAACCCCCAAGACGACCAACUCCUGUUCCCUCAGAUUCUGCACGCCGGGUGGCGUUGGAGAAGGAAAUAAUCUCUCUGAUCGACAAGAACGCCAUCAUUCUGCUUCCAACGGGGUCCACCCUUGGCGUCACCUCAACCUUUUUCCUGGCACCGAAGAAGUCGGGCGAUUGGCGACCCAUCAUCAACCUACGACCUCUCAACAGUUACAUCAAACCCAAACACUUCCGCAUGGAGACACUUUCCACGGUCCUCCAGUCCCUGAAAAGGAAUUGGUGGGCUACUUCCAUCGAUCUGAAGGAUGCCUACCUUCAUGUACCUAUCCACGCAGAUCAUCAGAAGUUUCUCCAGUUUCUAUACCAAGGUUCCGGGUACCAAUUUCGUUGCCUACCGUUCGGCCUCUCCACAGCCCCUCGGGUCUUUACGAGAAUAGCCAAAGCAGUUGCAGCUUUCUUGCGUCAAAAGCAGAUCCACAUAUUUCUGUAUCUGGACGAUUGGCUCAUAGUAGGUCCGACCUUCCAGGACACGGUAGAUGCCCUCCGACAGACCGUUCAACUUACCCUCAAUCUCGGCUUCAUCAUCAAUGUCGAGAAGUCGUCUCUGAUUCCAACUCAACAACCGACCUAUCUUGGAGCAGUUCUAGACAUGACAACAGGCAGAGCGAUGCCAUCGGGGGAAAGAUGUCAGACACUCUGGGAUUGCAUCGGAAUUUUCAGGUCAUCUCCAAUCCUCCCAGCCAAAGCUUGGCUCCGCCUUCUGGGUCUCAUGGCAAGUCUGGUCGACUUGGUUCCCUGGUGCAGGAUGCACAUGCGUCCCUUACAGCUUCAUCUCCUGUACCACUUUCGCCCUCGCAAGGAUCCUAUAUCGAAGAUGGUUCCAGUUACUCCGUUAAUUAUCGACAAGCUCCGGUGGUGGCUAGCUCCGAACAAUCUCCUAUGUGGAGUCGUGUUCCCUCGCCCCUCUCCAGCAGCUAUCCUCACAACAGAUGCUUCAACUCUGGGUUGGGGAGCUCACAUGGACUAUCUAUCACGGGCCGGCACAUGGUCGAUGGAAGAGAGUCUACUUCACAUCAAUCACCUAGAACUCCUGGCAGUGGACAAGGCUUUACGUUCCCUAGAGUCCGAAGUCCUCAACAAAUUAGUUCUAGUCAAGUCAGACAACUCCACAGUAGUGUCUUACAUCAACCGUCAGGGGGGAACUCACUCCCCGUCUCUCUGCCUAGCCACUUGGGAGCUACUCAGCUGGUGCAUUCCUCGUCAAAUAUCUCUUCAAGCCACCCAUCUGGCCGGGAAGAAGAAUAUCCUCGCCGACGCCCUUUCCAGGGGUCGCGUCUCUCCGACAGAAUGGUCUCUCCGCCCUCCUGUAGUCAAACACAUCUUCAACGUACUUGGAACUCCACAUGUGGACCUAUUCGCAUCUCACCUGAACAACCAGCUUCCAACCUUUUGCACCCGUCACACUCAUCCUCUGGCAUGGAAGGUAGAUGCCCUCAGCUUCGACUGGUCAGGAAUGCAUGCUUAUGCCUUCCCCCCGAUCUCUCUCAUUCAACGGGUCCUGACAAAGAUAGAGACGGAGCUAUCCAGAGUAGUCCUCAUAGCUCCAUUUUGGCCAAGACAGCCAUGGUUUCCUCGCCUUCUGGAUCUCCUGGUUCACUCGCCCCUCAUACUUCCCAACCGGCCAGACCUCCUGUCACAACCCGGGUCUCACAUUCUGCAUCCGGAUCCAUCCACUCUCCAUCUUUGUGCCUGGAUGCUCUCAAAGUCUCCUUCCGAUCAGCGGGACUUUCGGAGGAAGCUACGUCCUUGGCAACCAAGAGCAGACGGAGAUCCACCAGAAGAACUUAUGAUAGUAGACUUCUCCACUUCACCAAAUGGUGUAGUUCGUCCCUUCACCAUCUUACAGUUAAAACCGUAUUUUUACUGGCUGCAGCUACAGCUCGCCGCAGAAGCGAACUCCAUGCUCUGUCAGUGGAACCAGGCCAUAUUCGAUGGGAACCUGGCGGUGUACGACUAA